CUCGGAAUACUGCAAAAGUAUGUUGAGUAAGAGGAAGACAAGGAAAAAAAACAGUCUACAAAAUGCAAGCUCAGACAAUUCAUCAAAGAAUCAGUCAAUUGUGCCUGUAAAUGAUAAGAGAAGAUUAACAAGAACGACUUUUCUGUCGACAAAUGGAACUUCUACUUUUCCUUUUUCAUUAGGGAUACAAAAGAGAUUCGAAAACAAUUACAGAAUGUCACCUGUGGAGAAUGAUACUUUCAACAGCACUGGAGUAAGAAAAGUUAUAAGGGAAGUUUUGGAAAAUAACUUGAAAGGUGCCAUGUACGAAAGGCAGGCUGGAGAGAGAUUAAGGAGAUUAACUGGCACUUUGAAGGAUAAUUUGAAAGAAGUUAUCGGAUCGAGAUACAAAAUCAUAUGUUGGGUUGUAUUGGGUCAAGAUGCUUCACAAGGUCUAAUAGCCGGAUCUAGAUGCCUUUGGUACAAGGAAACGGAUCAUUUUGUCUCGGAAUCUUUCAAAGUAAAUAAUAUAUUUGCUGUUGCUGUUGUUUAUGGCAUAUAUUGCGAAUAAAAUACAUAAAACAGAUUAAGAACAUUAAAACGGA